AGUAAUCCAAUAUUCAAGGAGAAAGAAGCAAAUCAUGAAGAUCCAGAAUCCACCGGCUCUGAUGCUUGGGGAGCAAGUCAAUCAGCCACAUCUGCCUCCACAAAACCAACCGAUAGUUGGUGGGCCAGUGCAGCUAGAACCAAUAAAGGCUGCAUCAUGUAUGGCAGAGUUGGGAAAUCAACAACAGUUGCAAGAAAAGAUUGACAAAGGAAUUUUGCGGUUUCUAGAAAAGGCUAAGGAAACCAUGGGAAUUGAUGCAAACCCAUUCCCCGACUUACUUGCAGCUGAUGACUUGAGAUGGGUCAUUAAGGAGGCCAGAAGUCGUAAAGAUCAAGCCAUAUUAGAUCCUCCACGAGGAAGAAACCACGAGGGGCAUGAUCUGAAGCAACGAAAAAUUGGUCCAAGUCAGAGUGUUGUGAAAUCUAGCUAUGAAGGAGGAUCCAGAAUGGUGAAAUCACCGCUCAGAUCUCCUAGCCAGAAAUGGGAACGGGUGGUUCAUCCCAUGUUUCCUAAGGCUCAAAAUCCCAAAACUUUGAGGUGGCACUUACAACGCAAAAUAGCAGAAGAGAGCUGCCGACAGCAGAUGGAGAAUUCGGGGGGCAUGGCAGAUCUGGCUCAGCCACUCCCAACAAGAAUGAAAUCAGUCUAGGUUGGCGGCAGAGUGCAGGCUCGGUGUAGGCAAGCAGGGGCGUAGGCAGCAGGGUCGGUGCAGGCGAGGGCGCAGAGCAGGAUCGGUGCAGAGCAGGGGGCGCUGAGCAGGGCUGGUUCGCGGUGUGUGGGGGGCAGCAGUGCAGGGGGAAGACUUUUCUUUUCUUUGUGCUGCCAGCCCCCUUGCUCCUUGUCC